GCAAUACAUUUUUGAUAGGAUAUAAAAGAAGAAGAAAAUCAAAAGACACAUUGCAGGUAAAUGAUGUCGUUUAAAAGAGUAGAGAAGAAAUCAACCGAAAUGGGCCGCCAGAUGACCCACGAGAAGUCGGACUCUGAUUCGGACAAAGAAGGAACCCCCAUGAUGGUUGGAGGUUACACUGAGAUGGUUAGCCGCAGCGACGACUCUGACUGGGACGAACCGGUCGAUUCUGGCAAACGCUGUCCUGACCCUAUUGCCAAGGAAACUGCUCCUAUCAAUCGCUACAGCCGCAAAUAUUACCCUAAUCACUAAGCAUGCAAGAGAUGGGCUCGGCUACGUAAUUGGGAAAAAUAUAAAUAAAGACAUGCUCAGUCAAAGGCUCGUAUAGAAAUUAUGUAUUGUGUGUCUGAAUGUAGCAAAUAAAAAGAAUCCAAGGAUGGAUGCCUCAUGAUCGUAUCAAUGAUGAUAAUCUCAUUGGUAUCAUGCGGUUUUUAUACAAAGUAACUCUGGAAGGACAAUGUUACUUACUUCUAUAUUA